AUUAUCUGUACCUUGGUUGGCUUUCCAUGGCGCUCCUUCUCCGAAACCCCAUUCACAUUCUUCUUCUGAUCUUCUUUUUCUUCUUCUUCUUCUUCUUCACUUUUCCCUCAUAAAUAUCCCCCCAUUCCACUCCCACUCCUCUUCAAUUCAAACUCAGGCCCUAAUUCCUAAUUCUAUCUCACCACCUCACUUCAAUGGCAUUUUCCGCUGAGAAAUCAGGAUUCGAGGACUGGCUGCCCACGAUGGCAGAGAGGCUGGGCGGGGAGGGCCUCAUCGGGGAGCUGUGCAAUGGAUUCAAUCUUCUGAUGAAUAGAGAGAAGGGAGUGAUUGAUUUCGAGAGCCUGAAGAGGAACGCUGCGGCGCUAGGGCUGGGGGAUCUAAGCGAUGAGGAUCUGAGAUCAAUGUUGAGAGAAGGGGAUUUUGAUGGUGAUGGUGCUCUUAAUCAGAUGGAGUUUUGUGUUCUUAUGUUUAGAUUGAGCCCUGAAUUGAUGGAAGAAUCGUGGUUCUUGCUUGAGGAAGCUCUACAUCAAGAAUUCAAGGAUUUUUGUUGAUUUCCUUUUCUUUCUUUUCUUUUCUAUUAAUUACUGAUUUUUCUUAACUCACUGAUCUUUUACUUGGAAAUUAAAUUAAAAUAAAUUGAUACUUUUUACUAACCAA